AUGGAAAACUAAAAUUUGAAGAGCAAACUUAAGAUUUGUUAAGUUCAAUUUAUGCCUGAACAUAAAAACCCAACUAAAUCUAUUGAAACAGUUCGAGAGAUUAUGAAUUAGAUCCAGGAUGAAAAAGACAUAGACCUAAUAUUAUUGCCAGAGAUGGCACUUUUAAACUAUUAUUUCUUAAGCAAGGAGGAGAUUGAGCCGUUCCUGGAAAUUAAGGAUCAAGGAUUGACUUACUAAUUCUGCGCAGAAUUGGCUAAAUAGUUCGAUUGCUAUGUAUUCUCUGGCUAUCAAGAAAAAGAAGAUAACAAUUACUACAAUUCUUAACUGGGAGUAGAUCCAUAAGGUAAUUUGAUUGCUAACUACAGAAAACAUAACCUUUACAUCGAUGAUACUUAUUGGGCAAUUCAGGGUGACUGCUUCCAGAGUCUCUCAUUAAAAUUUCACAAAAGAGAUAAUAUUGAAGUAAAAGUCUCAUAGGCUAUCUGUGCUGAUAUAGAUCCCGUAGUGUACCCUGAUAAUAAAGACAAGGUAUUUGAGUUAGGUGAUUUCGUAGCGAAGGAGAAUGCAUAGUUAGUGUUAUUUACAACUGCAUGGGUAUUUGACCCUGAUUAUGUUUUUGGGGAUGAUGAGAAAUCUAGAAGUGACACUCAUUCAUACUGGAUUAGGAGAUUAAAACCAAAGAUAGAGUCAGGAGAUCUAAGACCAACAUAUUUUAUAGCUGCAGAUAGAUGUGGGGAGGAAAAAGGACAUCCCACAGCGGGAAGUUCUUGUGUAAUUCAAUUAACACCCAAAGUAGAGAUUAUUAAUUCACUUUCAAUGAAGGAGACAAACUACAUAAUUACUGAAAUUGAUAUUUGA